AUGGGGAAAAACUCAUCACCACUCAUCCUGAUAGAGGGACCACUUGAAAAAUUAAAAGAACGAGAAUUCCCGUGGAUUUUUUCUGGCAAAAAAUUUUCUACAACAUGGGUGCUUCGCUACUAUGUGCUCCGAAAUGCGGACAUUCCUGGUCAAAAAUCAUUUCUAUUGGAACAGCAUGAAGAUAGUAUGCCUUUCUCAAAAGUUCAUAAGACUUUGGAUUUACAACGUGUCCUGCAGGUUGACACGAAUAUUUCUUUGAAAGUUGGCAACCAAAACUGGAUUUUUGCAGUUCAUUACAAAACAGAACAUGAUGAAAAGUUGAAAGUUCUGUACUUAGCUGCCCACAGCGAAACAGAGAUGAAUAUGUGGAUUAUGAAAUUAAGCUAUGCUUGUAAACUCCAAAAACAAUAUGAGAAUUGUCAGAUAAUCCCAGUGCCUAGAGAAAAUGUUGUUAAUGAAAGUGCAAAUAAAUUCUUGCUUGUGGAAGAUAAAAUGAAUAAACGUUACUUCACUGAUAGUGCUGUGGUAGAAUCGCCGAUAUUGUCAAAUAUUAUUACUAAUAGUUCCAAUUAUAUAGAAGCCAUGACUGCUCAUGCUUAUAUACGUUUAAAGGAUUGCUCCUCAAAACAUUCAUUAGGAAGCAGCUCAGCAUCUUUAAGCUCAAGCAUCGCAAGUUCGUCCACUUUAUCUGAAAAUCUUUCAUUCAAAAAUUCGUUUCUGAUUCCUCCUCCCAUACCACCCAAACCAAAUCGUGGUCCACGCAUACAGAAAAGCGAAAAACACGUUUUCAAAUUAGAUAAACAUGUUUUGGAGCAGCCAGUCAGUUUUCCAGAUGUUCAUGGGACUCUCAGUGUAAAAGAGGAAGAAUGGAGCAACGAAACAGUUCGUCCCGAUACAAUUGGCUUGAUUGAUUCAGAUAGGAUUUUUUUAUCAGUUCAUUCCUCAACCUCUACUAUUUUUGAUUCAAGUGUUCCCAAGCCACUUCCACGUCGCCGUAACUUGCGUAACAUUCCUCCUGAGGUAGACCGGUCUUGUAAGCCAAAUGGUGUCGCUGUAACUAAUGAUCAGAAAAGAUGCAAUACUGAUGAUUGGAAAACAGAAGUAUUUGCUGCAUCAGCACAAUUUUUACGGAGUGAUCUUUCACAUCAACAGUCUUUGUAUGCUGUAGCAAUGCGAAAUAAGCAAAUUUCAGUUGGUCAGGAGGUUUUGUACGAUAAUGAAUCAAUGAGAACGACGAGUAGCACGCUGGAUUAUCUUGAUCCUGUGAAGGAACCAUUAGUGCAAUCACAGUCAUUUAUCAAAUCUUCGCAGCGACCGAAAAUUCCCUGUGCCACUGAGUACACACAGAUUGAUGAAGAAAGCACAAAGGCAGUUUUGAAAGCCAAUGUGCGACAAAACGAGAUGAGGCGUAAUGGUUUUCCAGUUUGA